AUGCAAACGCUAACGAAAUCGUCGGGAUUGCAUCGGAAGUGGUUCGAUCAGCAGAUCAAACGAGUCGAAAGCAAAAUCCGAACGGAGUUGAAGGAAAUGGAAGCGUGGAAAAUCAAAUUGGAAUCAUGUGCACAGGAAAUGGACACAGUGCUGGACAUGGAUCGCUUUGAACUGGAGAAUGAACUUAUGUUAUACUAGUUUGGAU